AUGUCUGCCGUUGCUGCGAAAAAUCGUUUGAUGUCCGAGUACAAGGGACUGGCCAAAGAGAAAUGGGUCAAUAUCGAGAUGAAUGAAGACUCCCUCUUUAAAUGGCAAGUCGGUUUGAUGGUUGUUAACGAUGAGAGUGCUUUCAACGGUGCUUACUUUAAGGCCGAAAUGACUUUCACCGACAAUUAUCCUUACAGCCCUCCUACCUUCAAAUUCCUCCGACCAAUUCAACACCCUAACAUCUAUCCCGACGGUAAAUUAUGCAUCUCAAUCUUGCACCCACCUGGAGAAGACGAGCAAUCCGGAGAAUCUGCCAGUGAACGUUGGUCACCUCUACAAGGUGUUGAAUCUGUCUUGCGUUCCAUCCUUCUGCUCCUUGAUGAUCCCGAGAUCAAUUCUCCCGCCAAUGUCGAUGCUGGGGUUAUGUACCGUGAUUCUAGGGAAAAAUACAACGAGAAAGCUAAAGAGGCUGUUGCUGCUUCGAAGCAGGAUAUUCCGGCCGGGUUUGAAAUGCCGAAAACACUUGAGACUGCCCCUCCUGCGAAACUUGUAGAUGACGACGCGUUCUGGGCCGAGAGUGAUGAAGAGGACGAUUUUGGAGCCAGCGACAGUUCAGAUGAAGAAAUGGAGAAUGAAGACGAAGAGGAAGAAGAUGGUGAGGAACAAGAGGACGAUGAAGACAUGGAAGAUUAA